UUUGCGCGGCAUCGCGGCGCCGCGGCGCCGGCAGUGUGCAACCGUCUACUGUGUGAGGUAGAUUGUUCGCCGCUGCAUCUCGCUCCGAGCGUGCGACCCGAGUGCGUGGCACCCGUCAUCGUGCAUUCCGCCGCCGCGUCCAUUUUCGCGAUACCCGCGUAUCCGGUAGAAGCGCACAAGAGAUACGCAACUUUGCCCGUGCCCGCGUUCGUCGAUUUGUCUCCGAUCAUCAGUCUUUCGGCCGUCGGGUCGCGUCGUCUUGGUUGCUCGCGCGUGCCUGUCGUUCGCACGAAACGGGUCGCUACGGCGAAUCGAUAACGCGAGUACGAUAGCGUUCCGCGGAAUCUGUGUGCUCGUCUCUUCGAUCGCGAUCCCUCUGCAAAGAGGGAACGAUACGUGAGGCACAUUCGGGACGCCAUAGCGUGAGCUCGACGUUUUCGAGUGAUGCUGGUUGUUUGGCAAGGAGCUCGCCGUUGCCUGAGUUGCAGCGGGCAGCGCACCAAUCAGGGUCAUCAGUUCCACCAGAAACGUCAUCGUCGCGAGCUCAUCAGCGAGAAGCUCGAUCGGUAUCACCUCGUUAGAUCCAGGGGAGAUGCGGCCUCGUUGCUGGAGCUGAGACCGCCACGCCGGCUGCGAAAGUCCGUGGGCCCGCAUCCGAAAUUGAUCACGAAAAAGUAAGGAUCACUCGCGUAAGGAUCAUCCCACGCGUCAUCAUCCUCGUAUCCCUCGCUAAAAAAAAGCGAAACAAGAGAAACUGUCCGAGCCGGGCCUAAAGCAAAAUCGAAAGACAGAGAGAAAAAAGAUCGUGAGAAACGAAGGAAGCAGAGAUUGCUAGAUCAAGAGUGAAAGAGGAGGAGAGAGAAAGAGAGAGAAGAAAAGCGAAAACGAAAUAUUUAACAAAAACACGCACACGUACGCGUUCAUAAACGUAAUGUCAUAGAAAGACCAGAGUUCUUCCGUUCGAAAGAGAAUCGUAAGACGCCGUUCAAAGUCUGACUUUUCUCGAUAAAGAAACUUCCGUCGUGCGUACGCGUAGUUAUUGGAAUUUUUCUUUUUCCGUUUUAUUCCGCAGCGAGUAAAAAGUUCAAGAACGAAAGUGAUGCGCGCCUUUUCGCUCGUGUUCGUGUAAAGUAAAUCCGACCGCGGUAUUUGAUCGAAAAUACGAAAAAAAGAUAAAAGGGACGAAUAAAUCCUAUACGCACGCAUAUAUAGUAGUACGAAACGAGAGAGAGACAGAAAGAGACACCGAGAUCGUUAGCGAGAACGAAAAAAAUGGCCAUGGUCUCGACAUGCUCCACUUUGAUGUAUCGUCUUCUGCUGAACGCUGCGCUCCUCACGUUCCUCGUCCACGUUCUUCAAAGCUCUGCUAACGCGGAUAACCCGGGCACGACGAAACCGGACCCGUGCUCAAGUGAGAUAUACUGCCACGGCGAGCUGCUGCACACGAUACAGAUGGCCGGCAUAUACAAGGACUCCAAGUACUUCGUCGAUAUGAAGAUGAAGCGGCCAUCGAACGAGACGCUGGACACAUUCAGGACGUUUAUGAAGAGCGUCAACAACUCGCCGAGCAAGCACCAAGUGGAGAAGUUCGUCAACGACACCUUCGAGCCGGCUGGCUACGAAUUUGAGGACUGGGAUCCGGCUGAUUGGACGGCCAGCCCCAAGUUCCUGGAGAAGAUCGAGGACGACGAGCUGCGGAAGUUCGGCUCCGACCUCAACCAGAUCUGGAAGUUGCUGGGCAGAAAGAUGAAGGACGAUGUGAGAAUCAACGAGGAACUCUACUCCAUCAUCUACGUGCCGAAUCCGGUGAUCGUACCCGGCGGACGGUUCCGCGAGUUCUACUACUGGGACUCGUACUGGAUCAUCAAGGGCCUGCUGCUGUCCGAGAUGCAUUCUACCGUCAAGGGUAUGCUGGACAAUUUUGUGUCGAUCGUCGACAAGCUCGGCUUCAUCCCAAACGGUGGCAGAAUUUACUACACGAUGCGCUCGCAUCCGCCACUUUUGAUACCGAUGGUGGAGGAGUACCUGAAGAUCACUCACGAUGACACCUGGUUGAAGAAUAACCUCUGGCUGCUGGAGAAGGAGUUCGACUUUUGGAUGACGAACAGAACGGUGGAAAUCGAGAAAGAUGGGAUCAACUACACGCUUGCCAGGUACUAUGAAGAGUCGUCGGGUCCUCGACCAGAAUCCUACAAGGAGGACUAUUUGACGAGUCAAAGUUUUCGAACCGCCGAAGAGAAGGACAAUUAUUAUUCGGAAUUAAAAACGGCGGCCGAGUCCGGAUGGGAUUUUUCCAGUCGAUGGUUUGUACACGAGGGUACCAACAAGGGUAAUCUGACGAAUCUCAAGACCAGAUCGAUCAUUCCGGUCGAUUUAAAUACCAUAAUAUACCGAAACGCCGUGCUGCUGGCCAAGUACAAUCGCCAGAUGGGUAAUCAGACGAAAAGCGCGUAUUACGACGGCAUAGCCGAGAAGUGGAAAGUAGGGGUCGAGAUGGUAUUGUGGCAUGAGGAGGUGGGCGCCUGGUUGGACUACGACAUCUCAAACGAUAUCAAGAGGGAUUACUUUUAUCCAACUAAUAUCCUUCCACUUUGGACGAACUGCUACGACACGUCAAAGAAGACGGAUUACGUGUCGAAGGUGCUCAAGUACCUCGAGAAGAAUCAGAUCAUGCUGAACCAGGGUGGCAUACCCACCACACUGGAACACUCCGGUGAGCAAUGGGACUACCCCAAUGCAUGGCCGCCUCUCCAGUACUUCUUCAUCAUGUCGUUGAACAACACGGGCGACGCGUGGGCGCAACGACUGGCCUACGAAGUCGGCGAGAGAUGGGUCCGUAGUAAUUACAAAGCUUUCAAUGAGACACACAGCAUGUACGAAAAGUACGACGCGACCGUCUCGGGGGGUCACGGUGGUGGAGGUGAAUACGAAGUACAGCUUGGUUUCGGCUGGUCGAAUGGGAUCGUUAUGGAUUUGCUGGAUAAGUAUGGUGACAAGUUGACUGCAGAGGAUUAUUUCUUGCCCGGCAGCGUGGUUGAGAACGCAGCUCCACCGCAAACGGUCUCGACUGCUGGUCAGAUGCUGACCGGGCUUCUAGCUCUCGUCAUAUCGGUAGCAGCAGGAUUUAUAGGGAUGGUCGUGUACAAAAGGCGGCAGUAUCACAUGCCUGGACCAUCGACGAUGCCAAAUAAGAGAAGAGUACUGUCGAGCGGUAGCAACUUGUAUCGAAAGCGAAUUGCAUAUACCGAACUCAAGGAUAUGAACAACGAUUGAUGACCGCUCAUCAUCUAGACCGAGUGGAUUUCUUACAUGACUAGUGAAGGGAAAUACGCGCACACGUAUAGAAAAAGGAAAAAGAAGAAGAAGAACGGCCGAUACGGACGCAGAAGCGCCAGAAUGGAGCCAGGAUGAAGUGGAAAUACCGAUGAAAAUGCCGGUACAGAAAUCGGACACAGCAGGAGGAGUUUGGAGAAGGUGGAGGAGGACGAGACUGGUUGAUGCAAAUCGACGUGGGAGAAUACAGGAGGAAUGUAAGUUCGCGACCAUGAAAUCGCGACGCGCUUUUGCAAAGUCUUCUAUCCUACCACAUCGCGUCACAAGGUGAUUCGUCGAGGGAGUCGACGACCCUGCAGGAUUCUGGAGGCACGACUGAAGUUCAAAGUCUGCCUGAUUCUGAUUGCCGUUUUUAUCUGGUCGAAAACAGAGCAAAAACGAAGAGAAGUGAGAGGAAGCAAGAUAAGGAAGAAGCAGGAGUAGCUAUAUAUGUAUAAAAGAGAGCACGCGUAUAUGCGUGCAUAUGCACGCACGUGCUGCAUCGGUGCACGUACGUAUGAGAUGAUUUCUCCCGGCGACGUAGCAGGAUUUAGUUUUAAUCUAGUGAGAUAUUGUAAUAGAAAUAAUAAUAGAGUUCCCGAGUGAGUUAUUUAUUGCGUUUCCUGACGAGGAUGCAAUUGUGUAGGGGCUUCUAAGCAGAUUUUAUUUAAACGUUGUUCAAGAAAGAAAAGAAAACUUAUAAAGAAAAUAAACUCGUAAAUACGCGAUCAGCUUUCAUACAUUGCUAAUUUUUAGAUAACUCUUUUACGACGGAAAGAUGAUCAAAACAUAUAUCGAACGACCAUUAAAAGUAAGCUCCAUGGUGCCAUCCAAAUGUGUGUGUGAAAAUCAAUUUUGCAUAAUGUUACGUGUAUGUUUAGCGACUGCUUUUCGCGAUGUGAGAACAUGAACGCUGUGGUUGUUCCUGAGACGUGAUUUUAUAAUGAGAGACACGGAACGACUAAUAAAAAAAAACCGGUAAAAAAGAGACCGAUGGACUCUGCUAUUUACGGAUGCGAAUGUCUAAAUGUGUGUGUGUAUAUGUACGUGCGAAAAUGCGUGGAAGCACGCGUGUUAUGUGCGUGCGAUUUAUAAAAGGAUAUAUCUAUCGCGCGUGUGGCAGGAUAUCUCAGCGCAGAAUUGUAAUUAUAAAUAUAUAAUGUAAUGUAAUUUAGGUAAUUGUAGAUAGUGAAUAAUUGACGCGAUGCUACAGAUAAAUUAUUGAUGAGAAUGUUGUAUUUUUGCUGAUAUUUUUAUAAGCGAGCGAGCGCACGUUCAUCCCGCAUUACCGAAACACCCGAGCCGCGAGCGUCCGUAGGCUAAAAAAAAAACGAUAUAUGCCGUGUACGACAAUUUUCAUAUCUUUUUAAUCGUCCGCGUUAAACGCGACUUUGUGGACAAGAAAGGUUACAAGUUCCUUUGCCAGUCUCUCGUAAGAGCCCUCGCGUGCUCAAUUAGUUUUACUCAUUCACUAUGAUUUCAUGAUAUUUAUAUCUUAUUUAGCAUAAAAAGUAAGGCUUUGUAGUAUUAUUCUAGAGCUAGAAUGACGAUAAAGAACAACUGAAUAUAUAUAUAUAUAUAUUCAGUUGUAUCUGUACGAAUUUUUGCUCUCUUGUUAUGUACUUUGAAUAAACACGCGACAAAUUGGAAAAUAAGGGAAGUAAUUUUUGUACGAUAAGAAUGCGUUUCUCGAUAACGUCAUAUAUCGGUCGAAUAUAUAAAUGAAUGUUAAAAACUUUCGUAUACAAAUCUUAUUUCUGGCCAGUGUGAUACAAAAGUACCUGGUAUUUAAUCAGCGACGUACUCAAGAAAUUAUAUGGCAACUUCUUAAUUGUCAUUGUGAACAGAUUGCGAAAUUAAUUGUGACAGCAAUUAUUAGAAGAAUUAUUUAUAAAGAGUUAUACAUGGGAGUGUCACGUGUGAUGAAAGUAAUACAACGAACCUCUCUUUCCUACCAUUUUUAUUGUGUGUAUCCUUUCUCUCUUUACGUUGUAUAUAAAACGCCAAUAAAUAUCUGAACUAAUAUAAAUAUCGAUGUAAAGUCUGUGUUAGAUACGUAUUACAAAUUGCCGUACACGACGCAUUCAAUUGGACGCCCGGGGAAAGAAAGAGAACAGGCAAAUUAAACGAAGGUGCAGUCGACUUAAUCGAUACUACUAGAGCGGCAAUCUCUCGAACAUUUUAUACAAUCGUUGAAUUUACUAUAAAUAGAGUAUCUGGCGCCAUGCUUGCUCUUGCUGCUGUCUGCUUAUUUUUAGACUAUUGCGAUUUCAUGUACGCAGAUCGUAGUACGUACUAGUGCCAAGAGAUAUGAUGAGUACGCGAACCUGGGAUGAUUAAACCUUACGCAAUAAUUGCCCAGUUGAUUAAAAACCGUUUUAGAUUGUUCGAUUGCUAAUGCCGAGUAUAGAAAAAUUUAAAUUAAUUUAGUUUCAUUAGUAUAUCUUUCGCCAGAUAGUUUAUUAAAUUGCUAAGUAGCUCGAAUAUCUCGAUUGAAUCUUCGUUUAAACUAAGAAACGAGAAAUGGAAAAGAAUGAAAUACAUCAAGAAGUAAUUAGUAUUGCUUUUGGUCACAAGGAAAUGUUGUACCCUGUAAAUAGUUUUAGUCGAUAUCUUUUCAAUUAUUAUAAUUAGGCUUCCUUAAAGUAUACCCUAGUUAUGCAACUUUUUUGCAUUAAAUUAUUUUACAACUUGAUUUUGAUCAAAUUAUUUGUAUCUCUAUGUAGAUGAUUAUUUUAAAAAAUUAUAUUAAUGUAAUUAGGUUAAUAGAUUAUAAUCAAUUAUAUAUAACGAAAAAUUUAUUGUUACCUAAAAAGCGCGAUUUAUAUUUAUCAUAUUAUUCUAUAUUGAUAAUUUGAGAUUUGAGAUACACUUUUGCUUUUUCUUGAAGCGAGCGACUCUCUUGAAGUUUUAUUCGUCAGCUUCAACAAAGCAUAUAGUUAAAAAUAUUAAAGGGGACACUUUAUGAAACUAUUGUCUUUGCGAUCAUUUAUAUAUAAAAGCUAAAAACAAAGGUUACAGUUAUAUAUAAUAAUGUUAUACAAAUUUCGAUCAGACAUGUGUGGAAUGAGAUGAACUUGUUAAAUUUUAUACAACGGUAAUUGUGAUGCGCGUUAAUCGGCGUUCGUAUAACUAGAUCGAACGUUAUCUCUGGUAUCUUAGAGAUACGCUACCUCAAAGGAAGCGUUCCUAUAUUUUAUGUGCAUAAGUGUGCGGCGGAAUUUGCAUCGUGCGGUCGAAGCAAGCGAUUCUCUUUUAAUUGUAAUGAUGUGGAAACUGUUUUAAAGAUAUAUCCUUAUUUAUGCUUGAAAUUAAACAAAAUUAUCUAUUUUAGUUAGCAACUAAUUUUAUAUUUAUUAACGAAAGCAUUAUAAUAAAUAUUAGCUUUCAGGAAACUUAUUUGAAGAUAUUGCAUUAACUUCUUGUGUUCCCGCAAUGUGAGAAAUCAACUUUCCAGAUGCGAUAUGAAACAUACUUUUUCUUUUAAAUUCUUUUCAAAUUUUCCAUCAUCAAGUAAUCGGUUCGCUCACAUUUUCUAUAAAUGGAGAAUCUUAAUUAUUACGCAUGUAUGUACGUUGCGUAAAGAGAAUGCGAAUUUCAGCCGCAAAUAAACGAUCCUGAAAUUGAAUGCAGAUUGUAGAAUACAUAUACAUGUACAUUUAAAUAAUUGUGAUACUUGAAAAUAAGUAGAUACCUUGUCACUAUUGUCUAUGUUAUAUUCAGUUUUCCUCAGUUCAGUACCAUAUUAUAAGGAUGAAUCUCUUGAUCCAGAUGUAGCUAGAAAUCAGCGAUAGUUAAAAAAUAAUUUACUGAGCAUUCUGUACAAAGAUCAUCUUCUAUGCGCGAUGUUUUGCGCUCAUUCUAAUAGAGAAAGAAAAA